UUAUAUUUUAUUUUUGCAUUAUUUUCCCCUGCUUUUUGUUUGUUUGGGUGGGUUUUUUUGUUUGGUUUUUUUGUUUCUUUCCUAUUUUUGCCGCCGCCGUGUGCCGGCGCGGGGCUGGCUUCUCCGUUUGAGCGUCUCCAUCCCCCGGCGGAGGUUAUGAUGGUGCAUUGUGCGGGCUGCGAGAGGCCGAUUUUGGACCGCUUCCUACUGAACGUCUUGGACAGGGCAUGGCACAUCAAAUGCGUCCAGUGCUGCGAGUGCAAGUGCAACCUGACCGAGAAAUGUUUCUCCAGGGAAGGGAAACUCUACUGCAAAAAUGACUUUUUCAGGAGGUUUGGGACCAAAUGCGCCGGCUGCUCCCAAGGGAUCUCUCCCAGCGACCUCGUCCGCAAAGCCCGGAAUAAAGUCUUUCACCUGAACUGUUUCACCUGCAUGGUCUGCAACAAGCAGCUCUCCACGGGCGAGGAACUCUAUAUCAUCGACGAAAACAAAUUUGUUUGCAAAGAGGAUUAUUUGAACUCUCCCAGUUUGAAGGAAGGCAGCCUCAACUCAGAGGCAAAGCUCCCAUUUGACUUCCUUGGAAGCUGUCUCUGCGUCAGGAGAGCAGGGCCAGGCCCCCUCCUGCUGUCCCAGCCAUGCCGGGCGGCCCUGCUCACCCCCUUCCGUGGGCUCUCUCUCCGUCCAGCACCCGGGGCCGGAUCCUGCCACGCCAGUCAGUGGGGCCGCUGCUGUGAGCGAGUGUCCUCAUGUACAGACAGGAGUUUGUCCCCGGAUCUCCAGGACCCCAUGCAGGACGACACCAAGGAAACGGACAACUCCACCUCCUCGGACAAGGAGACCACCAACAACGAGAACGAGGAGCAGAACUCGGGCACCAAGCGGAGGGGGCCCCGCACCACCAUUAAAGCCAAGCAGCUGGAGACCCUCAAAGCUGCCUUCGCCGCCACCCCCAAACCCACUCGCCACAUCCGGGAGCAGCUGGCCCAGGAGACCGGCCUCAACAUGAGAGUCAUCCAGGUGUGGUUCCAGAACCGUCGGUCGAAGGAGCGGCGGAUGAAGCAGCUGAGCGCGCUGGGCGCCCGCCGGCACGCGUUCUUCCGCAGCCCCCGCAGGAUGCGGCCCCUCGGCGGCCGCCUCGACGAGUCCGAGAUGCUCGGCUCCACGCCCUACACCUACUACGGAGAUUACCAAGGUGACUACUACGGGCCGGGAGGCAACUAUGACUUUUUCCCGCACGGGCCGCCCUCCCAAGCGCAGUCCCCGGCCGACUCCAGCUACCUUCAGAACUCAGGACCCGGCUCCACACCCCUGGGAGCCUUGGAGCCCCCCCUAAGCGGACACCACUCCUCAGAAAACCAAAGGUACACGGAUAUGAUCUCGCACCCCGACACCCCCAGCCCCGAGCCGGGGAUGCCGGGCUCGCUGCACCCCAUCCCGGGGGAGGUGUUCAGCGGGGGGCCCAGCCCGCCCUUCUCCAUCUCCAGCAAUAGCGGCUACAGCGGCGCUCUGGCGCACCCCAACCCGGAGCUCAGCGAGGCGGCGGUGUGGUAGGCCCGGCCCGGACACGCGUGUGCGUGUGCGCAGGGGGAAACCCCCCCCUGGUCCCCCCAGCCCACGCGUGUCCCCCUCCUCGCCCCGCAGCAGGGGCCGGUAAAACCCUCCCGCAGAUGCCAAACCGCAUCCCGGCAUCCGCCCGUCCUCCCCAUCCCCGCACCCCCCGGGAGUUUGGGGUCACCCCGCUACCUCCCACAGCCCGCCACCGACCCCCCGACUCUUUUGGGGGGCACGGAAAGGUGCCCAGCCCCGCAGAGCCCGCCGGCGGCGGGACAGCGCCUCUCGGACCAAAGCUGAACCCGCCCGGACCGCGGGAGGGGCUGCGGCAGGGCUGCCCCUGCUAAUUAGCAUCCUUUUUAAUUACCCCUACCAAUGGGGAAUAGCAGGAAUAACCCCCCCGCGGCCCCUCCCUGCCCUCGUUUUUAUUGUUCCCGUCUCACCCCCGAGGGGAAGGGGGGUUCGGAGCCGCUUUUUGGGGAGGGGGCUGCACCAGUGCUGGCUGAGGUUGGGCUCCCACGUGGCGGAACAGGAAUAAAAAACCACAACAAAACCAACAGCAACAAAACCCCAAACAAACAAUAAACCCCAGAACGAAACAAACCCAACCGCAGCAGCAGAAAUUUAGACAUUUCACCCGAGCCUCGACGCCGAGUCCCACCCCAACGAUUCCCAGAGGCUCCGCCAAUUUAAGGAUGUAUUAUAGUUUUUGCUUCUAGUUUCUUUAUUUUGUAUAAAGGAGAAACAAAUAAAGUAUGUUUUUGUGUUUA